CAGUCGAGUUGCGACUGCUUGAUUAACCAGAUCGUUAAUCUUUGCUCUCAGAUAUUAUUAAAUUUGUUUUGUAUAAAAUAAAAACAAAAUAAUAUUAAUUCUUUAAACAUAAAAUCAUGGACUUGCAAACGUUGAUAACUACGGUAUUAAUUACAUUAAUUUUGUUAUUAAUUAUCCUGCAUUCUUAUAUACAUCGAAGUAAGCAAGGACAGCUUACUGAUAAAAUUCCUGGACCUAAAUGGUAUCCAAUUAUUGGCAAUGCCUUAGAUCUUAUGGUACCACUUGAGGAUCUUUGGAAUUUUUUCCGACGUUCGUCAAGAAAUUAUUAUCCUGUUUACAAGCUGUGGCUUGGUGUUUGGCCCAUCAUCAAUAUUCAUCAUCCCGAUGACGUUGAAGUUAUACUGAGCAGCAAUAAAAACAUUAAGAAAAGUUUAUUCUACGAUUAUUUACAUCCGUGGUUAAACAGCGGUCUUCUUACAAGUACAGGAGAUAAAUGGCGCGGUAGAAGAAAAAUAUUAACACCAGCUUUUCAUUUGCAUAAUCUUCACGAGUACAUGGGAUCAAUUGUCGAUCAUAAAGAUCGUUUAAUUAAUGGAAUAAAAUCAGAAAUAAAAUCUGAAGAUGGAGUUAUCAAAGAACUUUUGCCCUUGCUGUCCUCGUCUACACUCAACAUAAUAUGCGAAUCAUCAAUGGGAGCUACGAUGCAAGAAAAUGACCCUGAGCAAAAAAAUUACAAACAGUCGGUUUACGACGUGGGAGAAAUUUUUUACUACAGAGCCGUCAGACCGUGGUUCAACAGCGAUUGGAUCUUCGGUUUCUCAGCCAAAGGUCGCGAACAAGCUAAGUGUUUAAAGACAUUGCACAAAUUCACUGAUAAAAUAAUAAAAGAACGACAACAAUAUCACAAAGACACCAAAGGUAAAUAUUUAGAUGAUUUCGAGGGAGGAACAAACUUAAAUUCACAGUAUGAUGAAAAAGCAAAGCGUAAAAGACUGGCCUUCCUUGAUCUGUUGAUCGCAGCCUCAAAACGAGGCCUCGGUGUGGAUGAUCGCGGAAUUAGAGAAGAAGUCGACACUUUUGUUUUUGAAGGUCAUGAUACUACGGCCAUGGGAUUACUUUUUGCUAUUUUACUUUUGGCUGAGCAUAAAGACAUUCAAGAACGAGCGAGACAAGAAAUAAAUUCAGUGUUAAAAGCUGCGGAUGGAAAAAUGGGCAUCAAUGAGGUCCAAAAGUUCUCGUACUUGGAAUGUUGUAUUAAGGAAGCGUUGAGACUUUAUCCAAGUGUUCCAGUUGUUUCGAGAGAAAUUCAAGAAGAUGUACAAUUGAAACAUUGUUUAGUACCCAAAGGAGCAGUUGUAAAUAUUCAUCUAAUAGACACACAUCGCGAUCCUAAUUUUUGGCCGCGUCCAAAUAUUUAUGAUCCUGAAAGAUUUGCAUCAGAUCGUAUCGAAAAACGGCAUCCGUUUUCAUACGUUCCGUUUAGUGGAGGUCCACGUAAUUGCAUUGGUCAAAAAUUUGCUAUGCUUGAACUAAAAACAGUAAUUGCCGGAAUAUUACAUGCUUUUUAUUUGGAACCACAAGAUACAGCAGCAGACAUGAAAAUACUUUCUGAUCUUGUUAUCAGACCAGCUAUGCCAGUCUACGUGAAAUUUGUACCAAUAAAUUAAUAAAUAAAAAUUUAGGGGGGGGGGCAAAACGGGGUACUUGAGAAAAUUUUAAGUUAUUAGGUAUUAAAAUACGCUGAGUCUUAUUUUUUUGGGUUGUUUUCAAAGUAAAAAACAAAAAUUUUCAGUUACCGCUAAAAAAAAAUUUGUUUUUUAAUUAUUACUUCCUAGAACCUUAAAAUAUGGAAAUCUGAUUAGAAUUUGAUUUUUGAAAUCUGGAGUAAAACUAAUGACUUCCCAAUUUUUUUUGAAAAUCAUUGAUUAAUCAAUAGUAAUUGCUAUAGCGAGAACUUAAAAAUUUAAAAGAAG